GUUCUGGUUAAAGUUACUAGAUGCGUUUGGUUAAAAAAUUUCUAGUUAUUUUAACAAGAAAAUAUAGUUAAAAAGACUAAACAGUUCUAGUUAAAUAAGUAUGGUUAAAUUAUUCUGGUUAAAAUAAUUCUGGUUAAAAACGCGCGUUCGCGGACACUGCAUAGCAUCUGUUGUUCUUUUUCGAAUAGUUUAUCGUGCGGAUCGCAAGAAUGGAUGAAAAAGUUAACCAAGCUCUGGAAAAUUGGGGUUUGGGAGAAUUAAAAGAUCUGUUUAAAGGUUUUCACUAGUAUGUCUGAAAUCUUAUAAAUUUCACCAUAUCAGCUCGAUUAAGUAGAUUAUUGGUAUUGAAUCUGUGCGUAAGCACGUUUUCUUUGAGAGUUUGCGCAAAAGCGACUUCAAUAUGGAUUCAUUCUCAAUUGCCGUUCAGUGCUAAUUUAAAGAAAUUCAAAAAGGUGUGCUCUUAAAUUGUUCGUCUGGAAAAAAAAUUCUAUAUUAUCAUCUAUAAUUAUUAAUUCAUCAAAUUUAUAAUAUGUCCGAGGAUUAUCAAUAUGCUUGUCAGCGAGCAGAAUUACUUGGAUUACCAACCCCAUCUGAAGAGGAAUGGGCCAAUAGUGAAGAGGCUCAAAAAAGAAAUAACGUGGAGGAAGAAAAUUUAGACGAUGCAAAAGCUCAGGAAUUGGAUCAAACGGAUGAGAGCAUGAAACGGGUAGGUGGUGGAUUAGAUGAAUUAAAUAGUAUUCUUUCUGCCACACAGAAAAAAAUCAACAGGUUCAAGACAGUAUGUGGAAGUUUGGGGACCCUGUUAAAAGUUCGUUCAAAAUCACAACCAGGCACACCUGAGCACAAAACACGUAAAUCCAAAGAGACAAGCAAUUCAGAAGAGAGGGAAUUAGUUGAAGAAAAAAAUCAAGAAACCGAAACAACGGGACAAAAUGAGAAUUUUGAAGAUGAUACAAGUCAAGAGGAGGGUGGAAGAACAAGUUCAAUGUCACAGAAAAAAGUUGACAUUAAUCAGAAAAUUGGAUCACACAUUGACAAAUUAGAUUCUCUCAUUAAUAAAGCGGAAAAUGCCCAAUUUAGUAUGCAACAUCAGACGAAACAAAUGAAAAAGUUUCUCAAAUAAAAUAACAAGUAAGAAUGAAGUUUCAAUUUUUUCCAAAUAUUUUAAUAUUUUUUGUUUUAUAUAAUUUUAUAACAUUUUUUUUUUUUUUUUUAUCUAAUUAACAAAAAUUGACUGCAGUGAAAAUUUGAGAUUGAAAUAUUAUAAUUAACAUUUUAGUAAAUUUGAAAUUUCUUUUUGGAAAUUUUGUGCUUUAAAAAGCAAAAUCUCAAUAAACACACACACACAGUAUUAAAACAGGAAAAGAUUAUUAAUUUUUUAUUGUUGAAUAACAAUUAAAUUUAACAAGUUUCCUAAAUCGUUAUACGAUUAUUUAAAUUUGCUGUAUUGUAUAAUAUUAUAAAAAUAGAAUAUUGUUGUCUAAGAAUAUUUUUUGCACGCGCAUAAAUGGAUAUUUUCAUAUAUAUAAAUACACAAAUUCUCAAGGAAAAUUAAGUCCUCCUCUAAAAUAUAUGUUAUAUAUACCAAAACACGCCAAAGUGGUAUAUAUAAUAAAUUUAAAAAAAAAAAAAAAAAAAAAUCUUAUACAUUAUUAUAUAUUGCCAAGACAAUUUGAAUGAAUCCAAGAACAAUAAUUAAUAAGUGUGAUCAUUAUAUCCCUAUAAAAAUUCGGUAAAAUAUAUGUAUCUAUUUAUUUUAUUUCGAAAAAAUUAGUUUUAGCGAAUGACUUAUAUAAGUUUAGAAUUCUUAUAAAAAAUGUUGUUGAACUUUUUCCAAAUGAUUGAUAAUUAUUUUUGCUACCAAUAUUUUUUGCACGCGUUAAAAAUAAAAUAACUUGUGGUAUUUUAUUAUCAACAAAAAUAAAUUGUUGAUUAACAUACAAUAAU